CAGGCUUCAAGCACAUGACGCUUGCUCAUAUCCAACUUCUCAUCCACCAGGACUCCCAGAAUAUUCACAAGCAUGGUGACCCUGCUUUUUCUUGCUCUCGCUCAGGUGGUGGCAGGCAGCCCUGUUGCAGGCAGCCAACUCCAAGCUGCUGCCUUACUGCUGAUGAAAACCCUUCACAGCAGGUUCCACAGAGCUGUGGGGGCCAUGUGGGCUACUGAGAUCCCCCUGCUGCUGCAGUGCCUUGAAGGGAAAGAUGAGAGCUUCCCGGACACUGCCGAGUUUGAGCGCCGUCUGCUAAAGUUCCUGAGGGCGUCAGUGGACACGGCAGAUGAUGAGGCGUGGAGCGAGGCCCUGAGCAGUGAGCUGAGCUGGCGACUGAGCAGCUCUGCCAGCAGCUCUGCAGAAAAGUCGUUCCUGUACAAGGCUCUGGGCACAGUGCUGGGAUCCUGUCAGGGAGUCCUCCACGUGCAGGAGAAGCUGCUGCAGCACCUGGAGGAGGCAAACGCGGAGGAGCCACGUGAGGCCCAGGGAAUCAUCUCUCUUCUCAGCCAUGCUGCUGAGAACAACUUCCACACAGUCCUGGCCACGCUCACCAUGUUUGCGUCCAGGCUGUGCAAAGGCCGCAAUGCCAGGAUUUCCAGGCGCAAGAAGAUGGAGCUGGACAGCACGAGAGCUCAUGCCACACGCAGCGCUCUCAUGCUCGCGCACGGCAGCAUGGCACUGCGUGCCUCCAAGGAGCAGCUGCUUGCCCACCUGGAGGGAGGCAUCGUGGGCAACAUCCUGAUGCUCUACAGCUGCAGCUGCCGGGACUUGCAGAACAACCUCGCUCUGGUGCAGAGCAUCACCGACUGCAGCUCUGCCUUCCAAGCGGUGGGUGAUUCUGCAAGCUUUAACCCCUCCUUGAAGAGCAAGCUGCUGGAGAUCCUGAUGGACCUGAUGAAGAAGUAUUACUCGGGCAUCCCUGUCUCCCCAGUGCCUCUCAAGGUGGUUCUGGCCCUGGAGCAGUUGAGCAAGCUGAAGCCCUCUUUCGAAAGCAAGGAUAUGCGUGAGAUGUUGGUCCUGUGCUGCAAGAACAUCGUGACAUAUCCUUCAGCAGAGAUGAUGCUGAAGAUCAGGAAGUCACAGCAAGCAGCACAGUACCUGCAGCUUCAGCAAACAUCACUGAAGGCUCUGGGCCGGCUCAUGGGGGUCCUGCUGGAGACAGAGCCCAGCGGUGGCUUCUUCCAAAACAUAGUCCAUGUCCUGCAGAAAUCCAUGAUAUCAACCAAUGUGUGGGAGCGCAAGAGGGCCCUGCAGAGCUGCUCCCAGCUGCUGGCUGUUUGUGAAGAGCUUCAAAGAGGAGAUGCCUGUGAGCACUUUGGCUCCUUGGUGGGAUUGCUGGCGCCUCUGACAUGUGACCCCAUGCCCGCAUCCCGCCAGCUGGCCGUCACCUGUCUGAGCUCCCUUCUGCGAAUCCAAGCCAAAGCAGUCCACACAGUCAUUGAGACGGGUGACAUCAAGAGCCUGUGCGAGGGGCUGCAUGCCUGCAGCAUCGCCUCUCAGCUCCAGACCACGUCCAAAAUGGCCAUGUGAGACGUGGAAAAGAAUAAGAGAGUUUUGCCUUCAACGCUGGAGCCGGUAGAAGAACGAAGAGAAAGACAAGGAGGAGGAGGAGGAGGAGGAGGAGAAAGAAGAGAAGCAAAGCAAAGCGAAGAGAAGCCAUUAAUCACAUAGAGAAUUGUAA